AUGCGACUGAACUUCUAUUUAUGGCUAGGUCUACUUGGUCUUUCCAACCUUGUGGCUGGCAAAGCUCUCGACAAUGUGUUCAACGUCAAGAGUGGAACCACUAAAGGAGGAUGUGAUAGCUACAGGACUGGCCAAGUAAAUGAAAACCUGGAUGCCUAUUUCGAAGAGGCACAGAAAAUCAUCAAAACCGCAUCCAAUGCCUUUGGAAAAUACAAUACGGAUGUACAAGUUCAGAAACUUGGAAAAACUUUCUUUGGAAUAACUCCAAACUCCCAGCAAACAGGAACCAAUUCCAACGAAGAUGCGGAUUUGCUUAAACAUGUUCAAGAAUGGUUCAAGGACCUGGAUACUUAUGCCCAAGGAGGAAGCGGACAGAAGAUUCCCCUUUAUUGCAACAGUGAUUGGCUUGAAGAAACAACAACAGUGUAUGACUCCAGUGGGAAGGCGAAGAAUAAUCAAGUGGUCUCGGAUGACAAGGCCUACGGGAAGACGGUACCACAGCUCAAAAAAAAAACUUGGGUCGCAUUCUGGUCUGAGGACCUGAAGGAAUACUACUUUGGUGCUCCAUACAGCACCAACCCUCCAACAUAUUGUGGGGAUAAUGGGAAUAUCGCCGUGGUGACGCCCAUGUCCACUGGGAAAGAAUCCCUUUCUUUAACCCUUUGUCCUGGCGGCUUUUUCAAAAAGCCUGAUACCCUGGAAGCACUCGACGACUCGAGCAGCGAUAUUGGGCAUUCUCUUCAGUCACUAGAGACUAGGAGCUUAAGCAUUGUACAUGAACUGGUUCACGCCUGUAAAGGUCCAGACGAUACGCCUGAUAUUAAUGCAUGGGGACCUAAGGCUGCGAUAAAACCGAAGAUUAAGGGCCAACCGAAUCCUCUUUGGCCAGGGAAUACGGACGACUUUAUAAAAAAGAGAAAAGUAGCUUACACCGCAAUUGAUGCUAUUCUGACAGCCCAAGCGACAAACCCCCGGCAGCCGACCGAGAACACCCCAGAAAGCUACGCUUGGGCCGCACUGGCCGUCUAUCUUGCUGAGAACGGCGCGAAGAUGGACUACUCGACUGGUCUUGCGAGGCCCAUGGGUGAGCCAUUGACGUCCCCUGCCCCACCUAGAAGGUUCAGAAAGGAUGUGAUGGUGAUAGCAAAGGACUUUAUUGCCUAA